CCAUGGCACGCAUGGCAUGCCCGACCCCAUAGUACUUACCCAGGUACAUUCCCGGAGAACAUAUAGUUACAUAGACUACACAACGUUUCUUUCGUUCCCCGUACCAUUCGCAACCCCAGGCUUCUUGACGCCAUUUUCGCAUUACCAUCUAAUCCAACAAAACAGUGGGCGGUUUUCCAAAGUCUCCAGGAUGUCCUGCUUCGCUCGCAAUGGAUCAUCGUUCGACUCAACAGUCCCGUGCAACCCGGACGCGCUCGCCGAAGGCAAACACACAUCGUGCUGCGCUAAUGGGGAUCUCUGCCUCACCAAUGGCAUGUGCCGAUCGCAAGAGGACGAGAGGUUCGGAGGCAACCAAUAUUUCCGCGUGGGAUGUACGGACAAGACAUGGAAUGAUCCGGCAUGCGCCAACUACUGCGAAGGGAGAGAGACGGGUGGAAAGAGCGCCAGAAUCUUCAACUGCCUCAAGCCCAAAUCUUGGUGCUGUACGCUGCCCACACAAGGAAACACAAACCAAGUGAAUCUGGAUUGUUGCGAUCAGUCGGAAUUUACAUUCGAAGCACCCGACCCAGUAGCAUACACAACGGCGAACCGAUCAACUCCAAGGAUCAACCCUUCCUCUAGCGUUUUGCCCGUAUCACUUCCCUCAGAAAGCCCUUCUCCGGUAUCCUCACAAGCUCCCGCAGCAGCAUCAUCAUCCUCAGUAGCACCAGUGGCUCCCUCGUCAUCAGCAGCCGCUCCUUCGCCAUCAUCACAGCUCGACCUACAACAAACACCACAAACACAACCUCCCUCCGAUAACACUGGCGUCAAAGUCGGCCUCGGCGUCGGACUCACUCUGGGAUUCCUCCUCAUUGGCGCACUAAUCGCAUUGUUCAUUGUACUACGCAGAAGAAAGGCAACCGACCGGGGCAUGGAGAAAUUACCCGAUGAACAAAGCAACCCAUACACAAACAACUACGCAAUGCACGAGGUGAUGGGCAACAGCAUGGCGUUAACAGAUGACGGCCAGUUGAGGGAUGUCAAAGGGCCCGUCCCGGUCCAAUAUUAUGCGCACAUCGCUCCGUCCGCGAACCCUUAUGGUAACCAACCCCAGCGCUUCGAGAUGGACGGUCGCAGAACUGAUCCCGUCGAAAUGCCGGCCACGCCCCAAUACGACAAGUUUAAAUUGCCCGACAAGAAGUAAAGCAGCGACAGACACAUCUCACAUCCGCAUUGACUGGACGCGCACCCGCGACUUUUGGCUGGUCGAAAAAGUCAACGCGAUACACGCACGACUAAGAGUCGUUUACCC